UCCUCGAUCAGCGAAGCCUGCCAAUGUCUGCAAUCCAAUUCAUGGAUCUCGAACCGCUCGCCUGCGCCUUCUUGAUCAGGAGGGAGACGUCUUCUCGAUCUCAACGUCGCCGCGACCGGAGAAGGGGCGAGAUUCGGAAGGUCGAAAGCAGCAACCGAUUCUGCGAUCUGAUAUUAGUCGCAUCGAUUCUUUUGAGCAAAACCCAUCGAUGGUGUUCUGACUGAUGCUUCAUGCGGGUUCUCUGUCUCAAGGUCGUCAAGGCGUGUUGGUUUCGCAGUCAUUGUCAGUAGAAUCCGGGCAUUGCUUGGGGGGAGAGGGGGUUUUGGUGUUGCUGCGAGAUGAACUACGGGAGCAGUUCGAUUUCUUCAGCUGCUAAGACUCCGGCCAGGGCAUUUGACUUCGGAAGAACCCAUGUGGUUCGACCCAAGGGGAGGCAUCUGGCUACUGUUGUGUGGCUUCAUGGCCUUGGUGAUAAUGGAGCAAGCUGGUCCCAACUCUUGGAAACCCUCCCACUCCCAAAUAUUAAGUGGAUAUGCCCAACUGCCCCUACCAGGCCUGUAGCAAUUUUUGGUGGAUUUCCAUCAACUGCUUGGUUUGAUGUUCAAGAUCUGUCAGAGAAUGGUCCUGAUGAUGUUGAUGGAUUGGAUGCCUCAGCUGCUCAUGUUGCAAAUUUGUUAUCUACGGAGCCUGCUGAUAUCAAACUUGGUGUUGGUGGCUUUAGUAUGGGUGCUGCUACUGUUCUCUAUUCCGCAACCUGCUAUGCUCAUGGAAGAUAUGGAAAUGGCAAGCCAUACCCCGUCAAUCUAAGUGCAGUUGUUGGUUUAAGUGGUUGGCUUCCAUGUGCCAGGAGCUUGAACAACAAAUUGGAAGGUUCUCAAGAUGCUGCAAGACGUGCAUCAUCUUUGCCUAUUUUUCUAUGCCAUGGAAAAGGAGAUGAUGUAGUGCAAUUCAAACAUGGCGAGAAAUCAGCUCAGGUUUUGAAGUCAACUGGCUUUGAGAAUGCCACUUUCAAAGCAUACAAUGGGCUCGGCCACUAUACUGUCCCUGCUGAGACGGAUGAUGUCUGCAAAUUUCUCACCACGACACUGGGUCUCGAUGGGUCGCAAUCGUAACCAAGAACAAUCAUGCCGGAUACCGCCUUGGAGUGAAAAUAAGUUGGUAUAGUCCAAUAGAAUAUUACAUUGCUAAUUUUAUGUUUGGUUUUGGGGCUUCUUGUGAUAAUUGUGUCUUCAUUGGAGAGUUUGAACAUUUAGCACCAACUACUCUUUUUGAGAUCACUUAAUUCUUAUGGGCUAUAAGGGGUGGUGGUUUAUCAUGUCCUUUUUAAUUCAAGCAUCAUGUUUUACUUUUUGUGUGUUGUAACAUUCUUGUUGACAUGCAUGUUUCAUCUUGAAUUCCUUGUUUGAGUUUUAAGGUUAUUCUUGGCCAA